CUCCAGAAGCCUCAGCACCUGUGAGGACGUCCUGGCCAGCCUGAAAGCCAGACCCAGAAAGAGCGUUCAGCAGUAAGGACUACCAAAAUCCCUUCAGAGGAAGAGGUCAGCACAGACAGAUGUGGGAGUCCCCCGUGGAGUCCCAGGACAAGCAGCUCCUGCCAAAGCUGCCUCCAAAAGAGUCCUCACCCAAGGACUCUGGCCUCAAGGCAGUUCCCAGCACACAUACUCUUUAUGUGGGCCACCUGAACCCCCAGUUCUCUGUGCCUGUGCUUGCCUGCCUGCUACGAGACACCCUAGAGCGGCUGGAGCUGCCAGUGGCCCGUGAGUACAUUGAAGUAGUGAGGCGGCCACGAAACACUUAUGCACUGGUACGGGUGGCUGCCCCCAAGGCUGCCCUGGCCUCCCUCCCCUGGCGUCUGCAGAUGGCCAUGGAGGAGCAGCUAAUCCUCAAAGAGCUCACAGCCCGUGGCAAGGAACUGGUGUUGAGUGAGGGCUUGGAGUCCUUAAACCACAGGGAGGUAAGGUGGGAAGAGGAAGAGGACAGUGGCCCAAGCCCAAGUCCCAGCCCUGGCCCCAGCCCAGGCUUAAGGCGUCUACAGCGGCCCCAGUUGCCAGACCCUUCCCCUAACUGGUGCUGGGCUGGGCGUCGACAGAUUUCUCAGAACCGACCCAGUGGCGUGCGCUCUGAUAGUGCCAUUGUGCACCAGGAGAUCUUGGGCCAGGAGCAGCUAUUCCAGGGUGCCUUCCUUGGCAGUGAGACACGGAAUGUGGAAUUUAAGCGAGGCAGCGGUGAGUACCUGAGCCUGGCUUUCAAGCACCACGUACGGCGCUACGUGUGUGCCUUUCUCAACAGUGAGGGUGGCAGCCUGCUGGUAGGUGUCGAGGACAAUGGCCUGGUACAGGGCAUCCACUGCAGCCACCGUGAUGAGGACCGCACACGCCUGCUGGUGGACUCCAUCCUGCAGGGCUUCAAACCCCAGGUCUUCCCUGAUGCCUACACCCUCACCUUCAUCCCCGUCAUAAGCACUUCCACAGCCAACACCCCUCUCAAGGUACUCCGCCUGACCGUACACACCCCCAAGGCCCAGGGUGAGCCACAGCUCUAUGAGACAGACCAGGGGGAGGUAUUUCUACGGCGUGACGGAAGCAUCCAGGGCCCACUGUCUGUUGGCGCCAUCCAGGACUGGUGCAGGCAGAAGUGGACGAUGGAGCUGGGCAAGCUGGAAGAAAAGGUGAAGAUGCUAACGGUGGAAAAGGAGCAGCUUCAGCAGCAGCUUCAGCAGCAGCGGUCCCUGUCCUGCAGCUGCUGCGUCCUGUGAGGUUAAGGAAGAUGGGGGCUAUUACCACCUCUCUCCCUCAGCACUGCUCAUGCAGGUGCUGUGGCUUCACCUCCGAACAGGCUGAUGAUCAGCUCUUGGCACACCACCA